CCUAAAAAAAAACCUCCCAAAAACAAGAUCAUGACAAGCUCCCAAACCCUAGAUAAACCCUUGGCAACCUUCGACACAUGCCAAACUCAACUGGGUUUUGCUCUGAUCCACCAGGACACAACCAGCAAGAUCAACAACGACAGAAAUGCCGCAAAACCUUCCACCGGAGAGAGACGUGGCCGGAGAUCGAAGCAGGCGGAUCCGGGGCGGUUACUCGGCGUCAGAAGGCGGCCGUGGGGCCGGUACGCGGCCGAAAUCAGAGACCCAACCACGAAAGAGCGUCACUGGCUCGGAACGUUCGACACCGCUCACGAAGCCGCUCUCGCCUACGACAGAGCCGCUCUCUCCAUGAGAGGCACUCAGGCAAGAACCAACUUCGGUUACACUCCCGCCGACAUUCACAUCAUCCUCACAAACCCUAAUCUCCAUUCUCUCGUCGUCUCCCCUCACAGAAAUGAUUUCCAAUCCCUUUUGCCAAACGCUCCUUCCCAGUUCGUCAUUGAUCAUCAUCACCACAAACAAUAUUACCGUGAGCCAAAACACAGCUUUCACCAAACCGCAUCCCCUACUGCCGCGUUUGCCAAAACGCCGGUUCAGUCAAACGCCGUCCACGCGUCUCAGAGUCCACAGAACUCUUCGAACGGAUCACUAUCUUCAUCUCUAGACGACGAAAACAACCUCUUUUUCUCGUUAUCCGGCCAAGAACGUAGCUCGAACUCUGGUUAUUUGGACUGCAUUGUUCCUGGACACUGUCUGAACCCGCCACAAGACACCGACGAGACCAAAGCCUCCGAAUCGAACGAAGGGUUUCGUUGCUUCGACGAAAGCAAAGCACUGAUGAGCCAAUGGGACGAUGAUAAUAAUAAUGAUCAGUUUGGUUCCUGUGAUCUCUCGGCCAUGAUCAGCAAUUACAAUACUGCUCUGAUGUCAUCAAUGGAGGAGGUUCAUAACCAAAUCAAUGGUGCUGAUGACUACUCAGUAAUGUCUCAAGAUUUUUGUUCUUGGUCGUCUUCUCCUUCUUCUGUGAAUGCUGCUUCACUACAGUUUCCUUCUUUUGGAGAUGUACUUGCAGUUGCAGACACAGGCUUCUACUCACUCUUCUGA